CUGCAUUUGUUGUUGUACCAUUUCCGCGUCUUUGGUGAUUCAGUCGACAUUGUUCUUCUCUUGAUGCAGGCGCCUUCCCUGCCUCAAUCCGAUCUGCCGGCAGUUCAGGACGCAGAGGAUGGAGACUCGCGUCGAGUGGUCCGGGACACCGGCGUAACUUCGUGCUUUUCAUCCUAACGAUGAUAUUUUUUGGGCCGUGGACUGGAAUUGUAACGGAGUUUGUUGCUAGCUCUUGGUGGUUUUGAUAUAGCGGUGAAUUGUAGAUGUCCGAAAAUUUUCUGUUAGAUUGUUUUUGGCGGUGGUGGUAAGAGUUUCUGGCUCCCCGAAAAUUCGAUUUCCCCCCUUAUUCUCGGAUUUGUCGCGGUGUUUUCGAGAUAAUGGGGUUCCUUAGCAUCAUGGGUAACUCCUUCGGGUGCUCCGCAUCCGGGGAGAGGCUAGUCUCGGCGGCGAGGGAUGGGGAUCUUCAGGAGGCCAAGGCGCUUUUGGAGUACAAUCCCCGGCUCGCCCGGUACUCGACGUUUGGUGUUCGGAAUUCGCCUCUCCAUUAUUCUGCAGCUCAAGGCCACCACGAGAUUGUAUCUCUUUUGAUUGAAUCUGGAGUCGACAUUAACCUGAGGAACAUACGAGGACAGACUGCUUUGAUGCAAGCUUGUCAAUAUGGUCACUGGGAGGUUGUUCAAACUCUAAUGCUUUUCAAACCUAAUAUUCACAGAACAGAUUAUGUCAAUGGGGGAACAGCUCUCCACUUUGCUGCUCUAAAUGGUCAUGCUCGUUGCAUCCGGCUUAUCCUUGCUGACUAUGUUCCAAGUAUACCUGAGUUUUGGGAUAGCAUGAUGGGAAAAUCUACCCAUGAAUCUACUAUUUCUGACUUUGACAAGAGUGCCUUGUCUAAAUUAGUUAACCAAAAAGCAGAUGGGGGCAUUACAGCCCUUCACAUGGCAGCACUAAAUGGCCAUGCAGAGACUGUUAGCUUGCUUUUAGACUUGGGUGCUUCAGUCUCCGAGGUCACAACGGAAGAUGGCUCAACAAUUGAUCUGAUAGGUGCUGGAAGUACACCCCUUCAUUAUGCUGCUUGUGGUGGAAAUGCUGUGUGUUGUGAAGUUCUUAUUGCUAGAGGGGCCAGCUUGAGCACUGAGAAUGUGAAUGGUUGCACUCCUUUAACGGUAGCCCAUUCAUGGCGUAGAAAUUGGCUGGAAGGCAUUCUGAAUAAGCAACUACAUGUUAACAUAAAGAUUCUUCCUUCUCCAUAUUUAUCUCUUCCCCUCAUGAGCAUCAUAAAAAUUGCUCGAGAAUUUGGUUGGAGAAGCACAAUCCAUUCACCUGCAUGUAUUGAUCCAUGUGUAGUUUGUUUAGAAAGAAGAUGCACAGUCGCUGCUGAAGUUUGUAAUCACGAGUUCUGCACCAGAUGUGCGCUUUACUUGUGUUCCACCAACAGCACGACAACUAUUAUUUCAGGUCCACCAGGAUCGAUACCCUGCCCACUGUGCCGGCAUGCCAUCGUCUCGUUCACCAAGAUUCCUGGGAUGAGUCCAGUCAGGGAGCUGCCCCGAACAAGCCUUUCGUUAUCUAUAUGCACCACUUGCCCAACUGUUGAGGGAUCUGAGUCUAAUGAACCCACUCAAUUCUGCAAACCUGACAUCCAUUGCACAGGGGUGCCACCUUUAGGCUCUUCCUCUUUCAGAUCCUUGAGCUGCCAACGGUUCCCCUCCAUGAAACUCCACUCCACGCUCUGCAUGGGAGUUCCUGAGACGAGCCCAUGCUUGACAAGGUGCUCGAGACCAGGGUCUAGUUUGACGCGAUCGGUUUCGGAUGGGGAUCGCAGUAGAAGAUCCUGCCUUUUUGCCUUCAGCCAUAUUGUUGCUACAGCUGAGAACAAUUGAAUGUGUGAAUAAUCGGUGCCUUGCCAUACCUAUUCUUUCCUCUCAAGCUGUGGUACUGCUGUACAUAGAGAAGUUUCUGCUUCUGUAUAUGCAUGUUGGUUUAUGCCUAGUGUUAUUUUAAGUUCUUUGUGUGCGUGCCUUCUUUGUUUUUUGUUUUGUUUUGUUUUGUUUUGUUUUUGUGAAUGUUGUGUAUUGAUAUCUGAAACCAGCAUGGUGACAUGUAACAACGCUGUUCAUAUUGCCUCUACUGAAAUUACUUUCAACUCUCCAUGAA